AUGGAGUCAACAGUGUGUGAAGUGUUUCAAGACACGUACACGAAAUGGAAACCCCAAUUUAUUGAAUUGGACGUUGCUGAUCAGAUGCUUCGGAUCUAUCAAGACGAGCGCCGUCUUAAAAUGACGCUGCAGUUAUCUCUAACGCAGUCGAUCUUUGUGAAGUUGUUGAACAACAGAACAGUAGAAGACAAAAAGAUCAGUUUUGGGAUCAUCUUGAUAGACAAGAAGAAUCAUUCCUUUGUCAGAAUAGCAUUUCCAACGUCUACGAGUCAUAGAAGAUUAUAUAUCCCAAUCGCUAAGGUUUGCGACUGUUACGGCUGCUUCGGAGUCCCUCUCGAGAUAGCUGUAGCGUACGGGAAAUGGAAGAUCCCUCUCCCGAUGUAUCGAGCUAUUCAGUACUUACUCAUGUCCGAUAAUAUCGAGACCGAUGGACUCUUUAGAAUCUCAGCAGCAGGAAGUCUACUGAUCCAAGCACGAAACUCAAUGGAAAAAGGAAAGGAUAUUGAACCUUCUGAAUUCUCCGACGCUAAUGUCGCGGCGGGAAUCAUUAAAUUAUAUUUGAGAUCUUUGCCGGAUUCUUUAAUCCCGUCACGCAUGACGGAUAAAUUCAUUGAAAUUGUGAAAAUGGACGAAAAGUUCCAACUCGAACAAUUUAAAUCAUUUGUGACAGAAAUACCGGAACCAAAUGGAUUUAUAUUCAAAUAUUUAAUGUUUUUCUUAACUAAAGUCGUGGAAAAAUCUGACAUCAAUAAAAUGGUCGCGGGAAAUAUCGCAAUCGUUUUUGCACCAAAUCUUUUAUUUUAUGAAGAUAAUGAAGAUGGAUUAAUGCUCUCAAAAAAUGUUAACGAUCUCAUUGCUCGGUGUGUGGAAAAUUAUUCAGAGGUCUUUGGAACUGUUGAGGAAUUUCCAGGGAAAUUUCCACCAUUUGAUAGAGAAAUGAUCAUGGUCGAUCAUGAGGAAUUCAUUCUCAAAAGAAAAGUCAUCACUCGAAAGUCCGUGUUGCCUGAUUUUGC